AUGCCGCACCGUUUAGAUACUCACGUCCUCACCGUGGAUGCCAACGUCAUCCACAAGGUUGACACCAAUCCUGCUAACCUCUACAGCAUGUGGACUGUCUUCUCUCGUUGUGCAGACUCUGUAGAACAAGGCCGAAGACUUGAGAACCUCAGCUGGCGCCUGUGGCAAAAGGAGCAGCUCAUUGAGAACGAGCAGAAGAACGCCGACGCCACCGAGUCGCAGACAGCACCAAAGGCCAUCCCUUCCGCAUCACAACUUUGCGACCUUCCUCAGCUUUCGGGAAGCGUCGAUUCCGUCGCAGACGCCGACGAGACUGUCGAGUUCACCUCAGUCUCAGCCCCCCUCGAGAUUGCUCGUCCCCGGAUCCUCCGCCAGGAUUCAGCUGCCACUAGCCGCAGCAAGCGUGACCGACACAUUAGCUCCGACGACUUUGAGAAGAUGAUUGUCUCCAUCGUCAAGGACAAGGCUCCUCUCUCCGCGCCCUCCAACGCCGCACCAAUCCUUCCCACAAAAGAGGCCAUGGAGGCACCCUCACACGCCGCUAUCCAGCGAUCUGGAUCAACCACUACUGAAGCAAGCUCCAAGAACACCGAUACCAACUCACAAGUAUCACUCCCCUCCCCGCAUAUGCAGUCACGCACCAACGUCGUUCGUGGCUUCUCCCCUUCCCAGGCUUCUCUGCCUCGCACCAGCCAGCCUUCACUCGCCCGUGCCGAGGCCCCUCUCAUCAAUGGCGUGGCAUCCAAGGCCGUUCAGUCACGGAAGACGCCCACCACAUUCAUGCUCGGCGCUUCAUACUCUUCAAGUGAACAAGGCCACAGUCCCGAGGCAUGCAAGCCUGCUCCUGCCGGCAACCUGAAGAAGAGCAUGUUCAAGCUGGGUGGCUCAUCGGAAGAAGAAGGUUCUCUUAAGAGCGCUCUCUCUCCACGAAACAGGUUGACCACACAGAAGAAGCAAGCUUCCUUCAGCAACCAUGUCAUCAUGCACACUGUUGAUCCUGACAAUGCUAUCGACUCCGACUCUGAGGGUGACUAUAUUGAUGAGAGCGCAAUUGACGACGAGGAUGAUUCCUCCGACUGGGAGGACUCGAUUGAGGACAGUGGCAAGUCUAGCGUUGAUGACAAGUACUUCCAGCGUGUUGACUCUAAGGUCAACCUCACCUCCCGGAGAUCCCUCAUCACCCUGAUGCUCACACAGACUGAAGACCGCGCAAAGGCCCUCAGCAACCAUGCUUCACAGUCAACAUCCGCUAUCCCGCAGUCGCGCAAUCGCAAUGGGCCUGCCUUUGCUGUCUCUCCUAACGACUCUGACGAUGCUCCCCUCAUGAUGAAGGGCAACCGCCAGCCCCCCUUGAAGCCUAUCCGGGAGAUUCCUCGAUCAAGCGCACAGCCUAUCCCCACCGUCGCUCACGGCCAAGGUCAAGGCGCUCUUUCUCCUCGAACAACUCGUCGCAAUAUGCUUGCUACAGAGUUGACCGAGUCUCUCCGCCGCCACCUCCUGUGGGAGCGAUCUCAAAAGUCUUCAACAGCCAAUGCAGUUCUCAAGAGACGCCACACCUCACACGAUGUGGCCAACCUGAAGCAAUUCCCUGAGAAGUCUUGCAUGAAGAAGGCUGAAGAUGUCAAUGCUAGCAGCUGGAAUCAGUACUUCGUCAAGGAGACCUUUGACGGAUACCACUCCAAGGGCUGGUAA